GAAUUAAUCUGCACCAACCAUGUACCAUAAAACUUUUUGAACCAAAGUAUACCAGCACGUUCAUCUGAAGCUCAUCCCAAUAGUUCAGUCAAAUGAUCAGCUGUAGAAAUUCGAAGCUACUUCUUUUUUUUCAGAAGUAACAUGCUGCAACACAAUGUCACAAUAUAAUACAUUUUGAAACAACAGGACAAACUUGAUAAUUGAACUCAUUGAUAAUUGACAAAAGUUGACUAUAUUUUUAACAUGUCUAGUUAUUAUUAGAGUGUAUUAUUAGAACUGAAUGAUCUAUUUACAGAACAAUCUUGAUUUUAUUUACUGAAUAAAUUGUACCAUUACUCAUAUGAUAAACCAUGUCCUGAAUGCUUAUUUGCAAAAGUUUUACUCAAGAGGAAAAUUUUAAAAAAAAAGACUUCAAUAUAUAGGAAUGUUGCAUGCCCAGGUACAGCAGAUAUGAAAUUGAAUUGCCCAGUGUUUUAUGGUUGAUCAUUUUAAAGUUUUUUACGCACCUUUAGUUGUGACCAUUUGAGGUUGUCUAAUAUACCAUAGGUCAGACAGACAGUGUGUUAACGAACGCUUAUGACAACUGUAGAUAGAUAUGAAGUCUUCAGUUAAUUAAUGCAUGGAACUUAAUUUUGUAAUUACUCUAUUCAUUACCGGUUACACUAAUAUAACAUCUUUUUGUUUUUGUGUUUUACUUCACAUAUCAUUUACAAUCUAUCAAGUAACAUUGCAUUAAAAUAUUGAAUAUUCAAUUUAGCAUGUACUUCCUAAAACCCGUUUGUUUAAAUCUGAUGCAUUUACUACUAUAGUACUGUUCUCAAUCCAUUUUUUUGUAUGUAAUUGAUCAAGCAAGAAUGCGUAUAUAUCAUUAAUUUUUUGUUCGAUUUUAUUUUGAUAACAGAAUUCCCUUUUUCUGCAUUAUUUUUACCCGGAGGCUAAAUCAGUUACCGUAAUAAUUUCCCUGAUGUGCAUGCUAUUAAAACAUUUUCUGUUUUUCAGAUUGACCUUAUGCCUAACUCUUUAUAUUAAUAACUAAAAACUAUUUGGAUUGUAUGAAAAAUCAUAGCACGAAGAAGAUGAAUAAUCAAUUAAUGUUUCACUUCAUAUCCUUAAUGGUAACAAACUAAUAAAAAGCACUAACCAGCAAGGGACAUAAGAAGACUUUGGGGCACUGUUCUCCAAGGUGAUUAAACAAACAAAAAAAUCACAAAAUAUAUUCUUCUCUCCAACAAGUAUUUCUCACGGAUUAGCAAUGGUCAACUCUGGUGCAAAGGGAAAUACAUCUGAAGAAAUAAAACGGGUAAUGCGUGUUGGUCGGUCUACACCGAAUUCCCAAAUAAAUGCCUUAUUCAGAAAUGUUACUAGUGACAAAUUUGGAGACGGGAAAAAAGACAAAGUGGUGACAAUAAUGGCAUCGAGAAGCUAUUUUCAAUCCAGUUACAAGGUUUAUAGAAAUUACACCGAUGUACUCGAAGAAAGUUUUUAUUCUGGAAUGGACAAAAUUGAUUUUAGCAAAAGUGGUCCUGCUGCAAAGAAGGUAAACCAGUGGGUGGAGGAUCAGACUGAAGGUUUAAUAAAGAACUUAAUAUCUCCAGACCUAUUCACCCCACUGACUAGAUUUGUACUUGUGAAUGCCCUGUAUUUUAAAGCAUCCUGGUCGUCUCCUUUUAUGCAAUACCCAGAUAAAAAGAAGUUCAAAACACCAUCCGGUCCAGUUGAAGUACCAUAUCUUAAAAGCCACAGAGGCAGGUACAAAAUGAAAGUAGAAGUUGACCACAUGUCAGUUGCGAUACCAUACAAAGACGAAGAAACAUACUUUAUAAUAAUGAUGCCAAAGUCUGAAGAAGCGAUGAAAAAUAUUUCCACUCAAGGAAAAUUGGAGAGUUAUUUCAGAAGCCUAAAGAAGAAACUGGAGGAUUGGAAAGUGAGGCAAAUGAAUUUGUAUAUGCCAGAAUUCACAGUGGAGAAAAAAAUGGAUGUAAAAAAGAUCCUUAAAACAAUGGGAUGCAGAAGCCUUUUCAGCAGAGAAGAUGCAGACUUAAGUGGAAUAUCAAAAGAAUUUGUAUAUGUUACUGACUUUGUCCAUAAAGCCAGAGUGACUGUUAACAAAGAUGGUACUGAAGCUGCAGCUGCUUCUGGAAUUAUAGGGGGAGCCAGGUCAUUGUAUAUUGCACAAGAUGUUGUCAUAAACAAACCAUUCAUAUACGCAAUAUACGAAAAAGGAAACAUAUUAUUUUUAGGAAGAAUGGUGAACCCAUCAGUAAAAUAGGAUCUUGAGCACACUGAAUAAUAUGUAUUAGUUUGGGUGUUCAUUUUAUUGUUUUUCUCAUAUAAUUUGGUAAAUUUUGAAUCCGUUAUUAAAUCCUAUUAAAAUUGUUGAUAAUACAGAUGCUUAGUUUCAGUGUGGAAUAUAUUUUUUCUUUGAAAAAUAUCCUAUCAUAUUGAUAUUAGUAAUAAUUAACGGUACUCAUACCGGGGUACCGAGGUAUAUCAAAUUUGCAUUACUACCUUCGUUAAAACUUGCAUUCAUAUAAAUUCUUUGCAAAGUAGUAAAAUACAACAUAAGUGAAUUAAUA